CAUAAUUCUAUCGAGAAGAACGGAAAGAAAAAGGAAAUGCGGAGUGAUGGCCGAGAAAAUAAAGUGAACGAACAAAAGGAAAGAGGCAACAUUGACUCUGAAAGGACAGAGUCUUUUACUUGGCUUCUGCACUUACCAUCAAGAAAUGGCGGAAGGUCUUCUCUACGGCCUUGCUGCGGGAAUCAUCGAGCGUUUGGGUGUCGGGGCUUGGAAAAAGCUAGGGCUUCUCUAGAGUGCCAAGAUCUUGAAAAGCUCAAAAAUAUGGUUACGACAAUCCAACCUGUGCUUCUAGAUGCAGAGGAGCAGCAAGUUCGAAACAAUGCAAUUAAAGUGUGGCUUGAAAAGCUAACAGAUACUUUUUAUGAAGCGGAUGACUUGUUGGAUGAUUUCUCCGCGGAAGUUCUACAACAAGAAAUCAUGACUCGUGUUAAGAAGGCAAAAAAGGUAAGCAUCUUCUUUUCCAAAUCGAAUCAGAUUGCUUAUCUCCUUAAAACGGGUCCUAAGAUUAAGGCAAUUAUAGAGAAAUUUCACUUAAAAGGAACGCCAUACAGAGAUACCAGUACGGAAUAGGAGGAGGGAUGAUACUCAUUUUUUUUUUGUGAAUGCCGAAGAAGUUAUCGGUAGAGAUGGUGAUCAAAAGGCAGUUGUUGAACUUUUGAUGGACUCCAACGAUGAAGAGAACGUUUCAAUUCUUCCUAUUGUUGGAAUCGGAGGAUUGAGAAAGACAACAUUAGCUCAGCUCACAUUCAAUCACGAGACAAUCGAAAAAAGUUUUCAGCUAAAAAUGUGGGUGUGUGUUUCUGAUGUCUUUGAUGUAAAAAAAAUAGUUGGGAAAAUCUUGGAAUCUGCAACAAACAAAACAA